AUGCCUUUCUCCUCUGCAUUUCUUCAUUGCUGCGCAGCCUUGUUGUUGCCAGCCUUGGCCGCUGCUGCCAGCUCAUCUGAUGGAUUUCAGCUUUAUGGAUAUGGAGAGGGUAUCGGCGGACUGCCGGUGUUAUCCGAUGGAGUUACCACAACCAGCACCGGCUGGCUCGGCUCUCCCAAUACAACGGUCUUCACCAACCCUUCUGAUAUUUCAAGCUGGAGCAAUAAAACGUUCGGGGUUCCGUCGGCAUCCUCUUCGUCCAAGAACGUCUUGUUUGUCAAUGGCACGAUGGACUCGACCAGCGAUGUGGUAACGGACUUGUUGACUUAUGGCUCUUAUGUGUUCGUUUGGGGUGAAAGAGGGGAUAUGGAGUCACUCUGGUAUGCCUUGCCAUCGGACUUAGACGGAAUCUUUGCUCUGAAGUGGAACUCUACGGGUGAUGAGUCUGACGGCAAGAUCCCGAUUACGCUGAAGAAGACGCCGCCGUCUACUAGCACCUGACUUGGUAUUCAAUCUCGUACCACCAUUUUUUGACUAGGAUAGUUGGGUCUGGUAGUUGCCCUAGACCUCGACAAUAAAGUUGAGGCCCCAGGAGAGGCGGUGAAGUUACUGUUCGCCGUGUUGGGCAAAACAAUUGAGCAUUCUCUCCAU